AUGGCAUCUGUAAAAGACGACAAACAAGAUCAGGCGACGUUAGUCACGGACGUCUCAGAAACAGCGCCCCCAAUCGCGCCAACUGUGGUCGAUGUUAUUCCCAACUCGCCCAAUCCAUGGAACGACCAUGUAACAGAAUCCGAGAAAGCAACCGUCACCGAAGAACCACAAUUCAAACCAUUGACCACACCAGAUCUAUCCUUAUACGACCAAGGCAUCUUUGGGGCUCUCAAACAAGAUUCACCGACCAUCUCAGAGCCCAGGACCACCGUAUCAAGAGAUGUCUUGAAUGAAUUCGAUCCCUUAGCUAAUCCUGAAGAAGAAUCCGCUCGAAAUGCUUGGGAGACCUCUGAAAGCCAUCCACCGCCACCCCGUACACCGUCGCCUCCACCACCACCACAGAAAGAUCAGAUCCCCGUACUACCCCCACAAUCGCCAGAAACAAGCACGCCACCCGGUUCCUCUUCCUUCCCUUCUCUCGCUGCUCUAGCGCGCACAUUUUCCAUCCCGUUGGCGCGGUCAAGACCGAUGUCUAUAGACGUGGCACGCAACGUUCCUUCGCCAGCGACGUUAUCAUCGUUUGCUGCGCAGCAAGACGCAUCAUCAAAUCCUGUGUCCCGAUCGGGCACACCACACGCAAGUGGCAGCGGCACGGCGUCUCCUGUGUCUGGUGCAAAAGACAAGGGUAUCGAGACGACAUUUGACUUUCAAAAGUUCUUGGAUCAGAUGAAAACGAGGAGCGCAGAUCCCAUUUCUAAAUAUCUUCGAUCCUUCCUAAGCAACUUUGCGAAGCGGACGUUCACUGUCAACGAUCAGGUUAAAAUUAUCAAUGAUUUCCUUGCAUUCAUCUCAGGACAGAUGCGAACCUGCGAUGUGUGGAAGAGCUGUUCAGAAGCCGAAUUUGAUAAUGCCAUGGAGGGAAUGGAGAAGCUUGUGAUGAACCGGCUUUACGAUUUUACAUUCACUCCCCAGCUAUCUCAUGCUACUCCGCCAAGGCCCAUAACUACAGACGACUUGGAGCGAGAUCGAGUCCUUUCACAGCGAAUAGCGCUGUUUGGGUGGGUAGAGGAGGAACACCUUGAUAUUCCAGAAGGGGAGGGAAGUAAAGGAUUCCUCAUGUUCGCACAACAAGAGCUCCUAAAGAUUAACCAUUAUAAGGCCCCUCGUGACAAACUCAUCUGUAUCUUAAAUUGCUGCAAGGUCAUCUUCGGCUUGAUCCGCCAUCUCAAGAAGGAAGAGGGAGCAGAUUCUUUCAUUCCGAUACUCAUUUUCGUCGUUCUGAAGGCCAAUCCUCAACAUUUGCUUUCGAAUGUGGAAUUCAUCAACCGGUUCCGAAAUCCAGCCAAGCUCCAAAGCGAAGCAGGAUACUAUUUGUCAAGUCUCAUGGGAGCUGUCUCCUUCAUCGAGACGAUGGAUCACACAUCUCUCUCUAACAUAGACCAAGAAUCGUUUGAGAGAAACGUUGAAGAAGCCAUCCAAGCACUACCUCCCUCAGAACCACAUUCUCCAGCUACACCUUUCGCAGAAGCCAAAAUCCGCCCCAUCAUCAACUCCACCCUUUCUCCACAUGCGGGCGAAGAGUCUGCCCAACUCCUCUCCUUAUCCACUCCCGCCCAAACCCUCUCGGAAGAUGCAAAACGGCUGUUACAGAAAACAGGAGAUACUAUUUCAAAGCCCCUCAAUGCAAUCGGUCGGAUAUUUACAGAAGCGCUGGAUGGGGCUGAAAACAGACUAUCUUACCUGCCAGGUCCUUUUGCGCCAUUUGAACUUGGACGAGAACAACGGCAGGAACAAGCCGCGGCACCCCCACCAGUACCUACGUGGAGUCACCCUGACCAAUGGCAGCAGCAACAAUUAGCCACACCUCGGUCGGCACAAAUACCUCAGACACCCUUUGGCGCGGAUGGGACGUACAGCCCUCCUCUGCAGACACCCUAUAAACCUCGUGUGAGGAGGGUUGCAUCACCAUCCGCCUACGCUGGUGGUUCACCGGGAGGCUCACCGGGAUACGGAGGACCAGAGGACACUCCAUCAGGAAGCGGGCCGUUCACCAACCAGCCCUUGGCGAUGGGUCCUUCACAGUCACUCAUCCCGCCACGUGUCGGCUAUUUGGCAGCGGGCGGCGGGGAUGGCCCACAUAUUUCACGGACGCCAACGCCUAAUUUGGAUCUUGCUGGGAUGCAGGCGCAGAUUGAUUCAGCGCAUGAGCAGGCGGCAGAGGAGUCGAGGGAGACGUUGGCGCAGAUAUUCCCGGGUGUGGAUGGGGAGGUGGUUGAGUGGGUGUUGGAGGCGAAUGAGGGUGACCUUGGUAAGAGUAUAGAAGCGCUACUCGAGAUGACGAGUGGUUCAUCAAUAGGGCAACCUUCCGAAUUUUAG